UAGCUCGGAGCAGAAACAUACCCCAUUUAUACACACGAACACUGCUGUCAAAAAAAUAAUAAAAGACGAAAUCAAAUAAAAAUAGAAUCACCUCAAAGUGAAAGCUGCUGGCGCAGCACUUAAUUUUAAUAAAAAAAAUAAUAAAUGAAAAACUCACAAGAGACUAGUUAGGAACCCAAACACGAAGAUGAGUUUGACGGAGAUGAUGCGAAUAAAGACGAUGCCAGAAGAGAAGAAGAAUGACAUCAAACUUGCCCAGCAUGAGUUCGCCCACGUGCGAUCGGUGCAAAUCGGCUGUGUGUUGGAUGUCCUAGCCGAAGCCAUCGAACGGGUAAAGAUCUCGCUAAUCAUGCCAAAAUUGCUGGAGCAUCCCAAACAAUUGGCGCAGGUUCUGAAUGGCACCAAAUUCGAGCCGGCCGUGCACCUGGUCGAUUCCUUUAUUCGUCGCAGGGAAUUCAUCUUGAGGGAGAAGCGUCCGCCCCUGAUGGACCAUGGAAUCAUCCAGAUCAUCGACUUCUUCCAGCGCAACAACAAGAUGGUCCACCUGUUCCCCCGCUUGUACAACCACAUGAGCGCGGACGAGAAGAAGCUGCUGAUGGCCUUCCAGAUGCUCUACGAUCUGGCCAAGGACCGCUUGUACAGGACAUCCACCGACGCCAUCGCCCAGGAGCGGCAGCUGCAUGCCAUGUACAAGCAGAACGAGGUGGUCAAGGAGCAGGUGGAGGAGCUGCGCAACAAGAUCCACGCCCAAAAGGUGGCCAUCAGGCAGCGAAUGGCCGCCAAGGAGGCCUAUUUGCAGAACUACGAGGAGCUGAUCAUGAAGAAGAGGCGCGAGAAGAACGAGCGCAUCCAGAAGGAAAUCGAUCGAUGCACUCGCUUGGUCCGCGCCAGCAAAAAAUCGAGCCUCGAGCGGCAGGCUGACCUGGAAGAUCAGCUGCAGAAGACGCGUAAUAACUUCGAGACGUCGACCAAAACGUAUAUGAAACAAGAGAAGGUGUUCCGAGAGGAAAAAAACAAGCUGAUCCUGCAGCUGCAGGCCAUCAUCAAGAAGUACGACCACAGCAUUGGCGAGAAGAUGAUUGAGAACAUGCAGCUGACCGACGAGCACAAAAAGGCCAAGAAGGCGCUGGACGAAUUUCUGGUUGGGUUCCGUAAGGUCGAGCGGGUCUACAAGCAGAUCGUGGUUAAACGCGAGGAGGAGGAGGCCAGACGACGCCAGCACCGCAUCAUGGUAUUCGCCAUGAAUCGCGCCGCCACCAAGAUCCAGAAGUACUGGAGGAAGUGGAAGAAGCAUAUGCGCAAGAAAAACCGGCGAAACAAAUGAUCCGUGUAACAAUUCCGAAAAAUAUUUAAAUUGCCAGUGAAUGCCUAUAAUUAUAAAUGCUAAUACUCGUGAAACUACUUAAACUAUAAAUCACAGAAUAAAAGUAAAAUAAGUCCA